ACCGACUAUCACGAUGCGUCUUACAUUGGUUAUGUCGAUGUUGUUGGUGGUACUGGCGGGAAACGUGGUUCUGUUAGUUUACUUGACUUUCAACAUGGCCACCAUUCCCAUCAAGCCUCGGGCCAGUGACAUCGUGAAACGAUCGCUGGCAUCAACUGAACGUAGAGAGGGUGUCAUCCCGCCACAGCCAUUGCCAGAAGUGGCUGGAACGGUUCGCGCGGUGACCAUGAGUAUGGGGGGGACUGUGUAUGAAAUAGCCCUGGUCGGACAACAACUUUCUGUGGACAUCAGGACAGAGAAAGGACAAAAUGUCUACCGUGUUACACCUCACUACAUGACAGAUAAGCUCAACGUCACAUCCGGUGUGCUGCAUGAUGGGAGAACAACAGCGAUCGUGAACUGCCGUCGCUCCAGCGUUGUAGCCAACAACGAAUUGAUUGUGUUUGAAAUCUUGGACGAAGCCGGUCGCCAUGUUGGAUCAGCUACCCUGGUACUGACGGUGUACCAGCUGUCCCUGGGCGUGGAUGCGGACAGGGACGGUUCAACAGACGAGGAGAAGCCAUCAAAGAGCCGAUGGAAAUGGGGGCCGGGAGGUACCGGAGCAAUUCUUCUUGUCAACAACGACAACGAUGACGUCACCACAGACAAGAACCCAGACAACAGGAAUAGUGUUGUCGACGGAGAGAUGGAUCUGCGAGAUAUGAGCCCGAUGACAGUGCGCAUGCGCGGACCGACAACCUUACCCAACGGCUACGUUGUUUGGCUGCAUACGUCGUCGGAGAACGCCCAAAGGAUCGGCAUAUUCCAUAUCACAGGUGGAGCGGGUUCCUCUGGUUCGAACACCCAUCACGUGAUUGGUCCAGCUGCCGGCAACAUGGCGGAACUGGACUGGAAAGUGAACCCCACGGACAACACCAUGACGUAUAACUUUGCUGUGGAAGCUCUCCACUAUCCUGAUGUUGACUUUGACGGGGAGGUUCCCAUACGUUUGUCUCUGCGUAAGGGGGCAGGAAAGCCCAUUUUUGAGGAGACCAAGGUGUUCCGGGUGGCACCAUGGGUCAUGACUCCCAACACUUUUCCGCCUCGGGAGGUAUUUAUAUGCUCAUUCACAGAGAUCACUACGCAUGUGCGAGCAACAGGAAUCCCGGUAAAUGUCUAA